AUAGAGAGAAGAUGGCACUUUCCGUGCAACUGUGAGAGAACGCUAACCUCGUCGGCGGGGUUCAUCCCCCGCACGCAAUUAAUCAGAAAGUAAUGCAACGAAAGGAAGGAGUACAUGUGGAAUCCCUAUAAUUCUUCCUCUGCUAUCAAAUGAUUUAUAGGAUCUCAAACUAAAAGUUAUGGAGCAGGAGUUCAAUUUCUAGGGUUUUGAGAAAGAAAACCCCAAACCAAUACAAAUACUUUUGAGAGCCGUGAUUUGGAAUUGCAAACCAUGGAAAUUGCGGUCUCCAGCUCUUCCAAUUUCGUUGAUUUGGAGAAUAGGAAGAAUAAGGCGGAAGAAGACAGGGAUCGUAUUCGCGUUAAGAGGGAGACCUUGAAGGCCGUGCUCGAGCAGUGCCAGAGAGCUCUCCAAUUGCUCGGUAACAACACUGAUGGUGUAGACGAAGUUAACGAUGAUGAUAAUGAUAACGAUAACGAUAACGACCGCGGAAAGCCGGCUGUUGAGGACGACGACGAUAAGGAGCUCAGCCGAAACAAUUCAGUAGCGUCGCCUGGUGCUGCUGACCGGGAAGCCUAUGAGUUGUGCGACCUUCUCAAAUCUAGAGUUGGAUGCCCUGACUUCCUUGAAAAGCUAGAGUGUGAUUACAUGUUGGUUCCACAAAAUUUGUCUGAAGAAGGUAGUUCUUGGGACAUGGUCAGUGAAAGUGAUCUAUGGGAAGCUGGAAUUGUUGAUUCUGAUCAAGAAGAUUAUGUUCUUGUUCGGCAAGAAGACCUAGUUGAGGGAAUUGCAUGCUUCAUGGCUGCCUAUUUGCUGUCUUUUAGACAGGCAAAUGAUUUGACCCCUAAUCAACUCCAGGAAGCCCUUAGCAAAACAUUCUCUGUAAAAAAGAAGAAAGGGAAGCUGCGGAAGGCAUGGGAUGGUAGCAAAGUCAUGUAUAAUGUAGCAUCCUGGGGGGCGACUGCCAUUGGGAUAUACCAAAAUCCAGUAAUUCUUAGGGCUGCCUCUAAAGCAUUCUGGACUUCAUGUCAUGUUAUAUCAAAGCUUCUCUGAUAUGUCUACUAUUAGUUGGAGAGUGAUCAGGGGUUGGGUUUCACUACUGUAUCUGUGCUUGUGCUGCUAAUGCAGCUGGGUGUUUCCCAUGUUGUAUUCCAUUCAUUCCUGCUACAAAUUGAUUGAUUAUGUGGAUAUGAUUGUCUUUGUAAAUAUUCUUCUGCUUUUGAGUAAUUCCUAGUGAAAUUGAAUUGGUAAAAUUCUAUUGUAAGGUUAACUUGCAAUAUAAUUUGUGAGUAAUUGUUCUGUC